GAGGGGUGGGCUGAGGGGCGUCGGCGGUCUGGGAGCCGGGGAAGUUUGGGACACCUCUGGCGGCGGUGCUGCGCUCCCGAGCCAGGCUGAAGCCCGGAGAACCAGGGGGCAGGCGGGCACAUUUACGGACGCCCUCGGGCCGCUGCCACCGUUUCGCAUCCUCUUCCCUGGAAAAGUUUAAGCUUUAAACAUGUCAUCCAUCAAGCACCUAGUUUAUGCAGUUAUUCGUUUCUUACGGGAACAAAGUCAGAUGGAUGCUUAUACCUCAGAUGAGCAAGAAAGUUUGGAAGUUGCAAUUCAGUGCUUGGAGACAGUUUUUAAAAUCAGUGCAGAAGACACACAUCUAGCAGUUUCACAGCCUUUGACAGAAAUGUUCACAAAUUCCUUCUGUAAGAAUGACAUUCUGCCUCUCUCAAACUCAGUGCCUGAAGAUAUGGGAAAAGCUGAUCAAUUAAAAGAUGAAGGCAAUAAUCACAUGAAAGAAGAAAAUUAUGCUGCUGCAGUGGAUUGUUACACACAGGCGAUAGAAUUGGAUUCAAAUAAUGCAGUUUAUUAUUGUAACAGGGCUGCUGCUCAGAGUAAAUUAGGUCACUACACAGACGCAAUAAAGGAUUGUGAAAAAGCAAUAGCGAUUGAUUCCAAGUACAGCAAGGCCUAUGGGAGAAUGGGGCUGGCCCUCACUGCCAUGAAUAAAUUUCAAGAAGCAGUUACAAGUUAUCAGAAGGCAUUAGAUCUUGACCCUGAAAAUGAUUCCUAUAAAUCAAAUCUGAAAAUAGCAGAACAGAAGUUAAGAGAGGUAUCUAGUCCUACAGGAACUGGAGUGAGCUUUGACAUGGCUAGCUUAAUAAAUAAUCCAGCCUUCAUUAGUAUGGCAGCAAGUUUAAUGCAGAAUCCUCAAGUUCAACAGCUAAUGUCAGGAAUGAUGACAAAUGCUAUUGGGGGGCCUGCUGCUGGUGUUGGGGGCCUAACUGACCUCUCUAGCCUCAUCCAAGCGGGACAGCAGUUUGCUCAGCAGAUACAGCAGCAGAAUCCUGAACUCAUAGAGCAACUUAGAAAUCACAUCCGGAGCAGGUCAUUCAGCAGCAGCGCUGAAGAACAUUCCUGACUUGACUGGGGCCCCUCACCCAGAAUGCAGUUGGUGAUGGCUCUCAAGUGUCUUCUGUAGAUAGUGGCCAACACAAAAACAAAUCUAAAAAAGAAAUCUGUCUAGACAAUAGGUUUAUCACAAACAGAUAACAUAACAUAUGACUAUGUUAUGUUGACUUGACCAUAACAUGAUUCCUUUGUAUGCAGGUCAUCAGUAACCUUGUUCAGUGCCAGUGUAGCACUUAACUGGACAUGGUUCCAUUUUCAAGUCUUCAUUGUAUUUGUAUACUAGACUUAAUAGCAGAGUAUAUUUAUUGAACAGUAGGGCUGUUUACUGGUGAGUUCUCUAGCACCAAAUUCCCAUAAGCAAACUUUUUUGAAAGGGGAGAUAACUAAGAGGAAAGGAUUCUCAUGCUGAUUUAGGAGAAAUAUACUUGGCCCUGAGUAGCAUCUUUUCUGGGUUUAGCUUUGACAGUGCUAUCAGUAGUGAAGAUAUGACAGGGGCCAGUACUGUCUUUAAUGCUGCUUAUUUUGUUGGGUGACAAAAAUCUUAAGAGCUGGUGGAAAGCAGUCUUCGGUGUUGUUUAGAAAACAAAAAGAUAGAUGCUGUGAAUGUAUAGAAAGUGAAUGUAGGGUGCUCAGGUUUUUUGCAUAGGUCUUAACUAAUCUUGCCUACAGUUUGGUAUAGAUAACAUUAGCAUGGCCACUUAUGCUAAGUACAUAAUAAAAUACAUUUAGAAAUCCUUAAUAAUAUUGGUUAGGUCAGUUGUAUAACUAUUCAAUUUCACUAGCACAAUUUCUCUAGUGACCUUACCAUGGAAACUUUCAAAUAUAUCUACAUUUAAAUAAGCCAAUAGCUUGGCCCUUAAGGAUUUCCUAAGUGGCAUUUUAAUUAUGUGCCUGCAGACACUGAUUUUUUAAACUCGUAAUUAUUUGAUGGGUUACAAAAAGUAUCGGUCAUUAACACUUCUUGUUCAUGUUCAUCCUCUGCUAUAAUUUGGCUUGGCAUGUCACUUUUAUGCUUCUUAAUUUGAUGCAGCUUAAACAGGGGACUUGAAAUAUUGUACUGAAAUUAGAAUACAUAUUAGUUAGUGAAGAGAAGUGGCAUUAAGUGUUGGAAUGGCUUUAACUAGAGUGAUGGAUGAGACUGUUCUAAUUCCAGCUGGAAUUUCUUUGAUUUGUUAAUUAUAAAAUUGGUAAAGCUGGUGGACACAUAAUGAAUUUCACAAGUGUUGUGAAAGAAAACUGAAACAGUAAUACAAAAUUAAAUCAGUAAUACUGAUGACUGAUUUAAUUUUGUAUUACUAUAACUCUUUAUCUCAAAAGGCUAUUUGGUAUCUUAAAAUUUUUGUUGGAUUAGAACAGUUUGAUAAUUUCACUAUAAUGAAUAAUUUCACCUUGGAAUUUGUUAAAAAUCCAGAUUCAGGGGCAUACUUUUCAACUUUAUCAGGUCCUGUAAUAAGGUCUGGGAAUCACCAUUCCACACAGCACACCAAGUGGUUCUGAUGUAGGUCCCAAGGGCUCAGUUUAAAAGCAACACUAGGUUAGAGAUUUCUCCUCUUUUAGGUCAGCAAAUAUCUAAAAUGCCUGGGCUCAGGAUACAAGGAAGAGCUACAUGAACCUACAGCUCUUUUCCCAGAGAAAAGUAGGACUUAAGUCUAAGAUAAGCCUUCUGAAAUGUCUCCUAUAUUGCACUUAUAUCAACUUGGGUGGUGAUCUAGUGGUUAAGACGCCAUACUUCCAAAGAUUCUGCCAGCCUACGGCAUGGGCAAAAAAAAAAAAAAAAAAAAGUCAAUUCUUGCUGGUGUUGCGUAAGAAAAGGUUCCUCGCAUAAUUAUCUUGAAUGCAUUACAGAUGCUUUCAAAGUGAUAAAACUGGUAAGCCUCUGAGUAGGAAAAUAAAGAGAAUAUUAAUCAACACUAUCAGAAGUGAAAGAAGGGAUAUCACUGCAGACCAUGUAGACAUUAAAAAGAUAAUUAGAAAAUACUAUGAUCAACUGUAGGUCCAUAUCCAUGAAACAGAUAAAUUCUUUAUAAGAUACAAACUACCAUAACUCACUGAAGAAAUAAGGUACGUCCAGAAAAGAAAACCACAGGCCCAAUUUCAAUGGUGAAUUCUACCAAACACUUCAUAUUAAAUCUACACAAUUUCUUCCAGCAGAAGAGGAAACGCUUCCCAACUUCAUUUUAUUUUGCCAACUUUGAUACCAAAAUCAAAGACAUUAUAAGCAAAAAUAGUUUAAAACAAUGUCUUUACUAAUAUCUGUAGUUAAAGUAGCCAUUCUUUUUACAUGAAGUAAUGUGAAUUGGUGUAUUUCUUCCAUUUCAUUUUUCUAGUUUGUUUCUUUUCUAAUGUAUCUCCCAUAAUACAUCUAGAUAAUCUAUCCACUUACCUGGAUUUCCAUUCUAUUCAAGCCACUUUUGCUUUUUAAGUACUUUCAUCACUUUGAAAUUACUCCAUUGCACGCUAUUUCAAGAAGGUUUUGUGUAGCUGUAUUGUGUUAGCUACUCUUAAAAUUAUAAAGAAUGUUCCAAAUGUUAUUUUGCUUGUCUGAAACAAGAGGGUGUUAAAGUAAAUCUUUAUACACAUUCUACUUAGGAAUGAUUGGUUUCCAUUAACCACUUUUCAUUAUAGUAGCUGUAAUUGUUAUGAUGCUAUGUAAAAUUUUUUAUUGUUGUUCAGUUGCUAAGUUGUGUCUGACUCUUUGUGAACCCAUGGACUGUAACAACCAGGUUCCUCUGUCCUUCACUGUCUCCUGGAGUUUGCUCAACUUCAUGUCCACUGAGUUGGUGAUGCUAUCUAACCAUCUCAUCCUUUGCUGCCCCCUUCGCCUUUUGCCUUCAAUCUUUCCCAGCAUCAGGGUCUUUUCCAUUGUAAAUGUAAAAUUUACAAUGUCCUUUGUAUGCAAAUGACAUUUCUACUUAAUGUACCAAAUUGGUUAUCUAAUUUUUAUAAUAUGGUUUAAACAGAUCCUUUCUAAGAUGACAUUAUGUAACCUUUACUUAAUGAAGGAACAAUAUGUCUAGGUUAUUGCCUAUAAAAAAGGGAGGCUUUGUAACUAAGUCAAAUUAUAUAGCAGAAUCCCAAGUGACCAUCAUGUUACUUUUAAAAUUUGAAUGGAGUGAAACAGAAGGUUCAGUCAUGAGAAGACACCUUGAAAGCUACUGAAGUAUCCAGUGCAGGGCUAUAAAGUCUUAUUUCGUCAUUUAAUCAAUUGUACUCAUUUUGGAGAAAAGACUGUCUUUGGACAAAGACAAUUUUACACUGCUUGCACUUUAUUUUGCACGGAUGUUUCAUUAAUUACCUCUUCAAUUUAAGGGCAAAUCUCAUUCUGAAUACAGCUUUCAUUUUGGACCAAACAAUUUGUCAUGGCAAUAAAUAAUUAUGCAUUUAAGAAAAAACAA